GAGGAGGUGGAGGAAGGGACAUAGGCUUAAGUUAUUUUUAUCUCAAUGUUUAUAUCUCUUUAGAUACAUAGCUGUAGAUCAUAUACACACAAGAUGACCGGCUCGAAUAAUGAAAAUUAUGUGAACAAGAGUACAGUUGCUCGCCGGCGAUGGAAGAUCCUGGCGGAGGCCUUGCAGCGGUCCAGUCCCCGGGAUGCCUCACCUGACAGUGCGUCCACGCGGAAGUUUCAGAGCUUCGGCCUUUUAUCCUUUGAUCCCCUUGGCCAGGACUUUUACAUAGUCACAUGCAUUAACUCGGAUUUAAAGGUGACUGUAAGGCUAUUGCGUCGAGACUUCAGCCCCAGUGAGCUAACCGGCUUCAACAAUACGGGCAACGUUUGCAUUUGGCCCUCGGAAGAGAUCCUGACCUACUACUGCCUCAGCAACUUGCACAUCUUCUCUGGGAAGUCCGUCUUGGAGCUGGGGGGGGGAAUGACUUGCCUUGCAGGGAUGCUCGUGGCAGCAAGUGGAGUUGCAGCAAAGAUGGUACUGACUGAUGGUAAUGCGAUAUCUGUCAACAAUGUUCAAGUGUCCUUAGAACGCAAUGACUUGCCCACAGAGACCACCGCCAGGCAAGUUUCACAUUCUUUACAUGGGUUCAUGCACAAAUCAAGAUGUAUAAACACAUGCAAUGCUUUGACACAUUUGCCUUCACACAUAGUUCUGCGCUGGGGAGUCCAGGAAGAGGUGUCACCGCUUCGGGGAAAGUUCGAUAUUGCGAUGUGUGCUGAUUGCUUGUUCUUUGAUGAGGGAAGAGAGAGUCUCCUGUACAGCCUGCUUGCUGUACUGCGGCCUGGUGGAACAGCACUUGUUGUUGCUCCUGCACGUAGUGGAACCUUCCAGAUGUUUGCCUCCAUGUGUAGACCACACUUCAGAGUUGUUGUGGUUGAAAAGUACGACGGCAUCGUGGAUGAUCAUGUCCGAAAGUGUGCACAAGACCCACACUACAACGAUAACCUCCAUUUUCCACUGCUGAUGAUACUGAAGAAGCUGGGAAACAGUUGAGCUGUUGUAUGCAGCUAUUUGCAAGAUGUCUCUUGGCAUACUCCUGUAUAAGACAUCUGCUUGGUUGCAACCAGAUUUUCACUCAGUUUGCUUUUUUGUGUGGGUGGGAGUUUGUGCGUGUGUGAUCCAAUUUUGCAUGUGAGUGCUAACUUGUGUGCUUGCAUAAGUGUGUUUGUGUCAUGGAGUAUAGCUGGUGGUUGGUCUUAACAGACAAUCAGUGUAUGUGUCUAUAUAUGUCUAAAGUAUUCCAUACUUUGUUUUCCUACUACAGUAUUAAUGAUCUUUAUAUAAGUGAUAGUAUGGCUGCCUUGCAUGCAUAACCACAAGAAUUCUAUCCCAUUCUUAGAACUCAGUGCAAAUGGAAAAAACAAGGGAAGAAGAAUGUGGACUGAUAUGAUCUGACUUUACUUUGAUAUUCAAGAAAAAAUGGCCAUGGUAGGAUAUGUAUCUAGAGUGGGAUAGAGUGCAGAUAUAUUAUUAUAUCAGUUUCUGGUGUUGUUAAGAGAAAGCCAUGGAGACAAACUUGUAAACUCCAUAUCAUGAUUAAUAGCAAGAUUGCAUCAGGCAGUUGUUGUGACAUUUUGGUGACCUGUGUUUAUUGGAUCAG